AUGCUACGGCUGCUCAGCGCCUGCCUGCUGCUGCUCGGGGCGCGCCCGGCCGCGGGCGAGGUGCCUUCGGGCGCCGCCUGCGGGCCCUGCCUGCCGGCGCUGUGCCCGGCGCUGCCCUUGCGGGGCUGCGCGCUGGGCCGCGCGCGGGACGCCUGCGGCUGCUGCUGGCGUUGCGCGCGCGGCGAGGGCGAGGCAUGCGGGACGGGCGCGCGCUGCGCCGCGGGGCUGGAGUGCGCCCCCCGCCCGGGCCGCGCCGGGCCGCCCGCCCUGUGCGUCUGCAAGAGCCGCUACCCCGUCUGCGGCAGCGACGGCGUCACCUACCCCAGCGCCUGCCGCCUGCGCGCCGCCGCCCUCAGCGCCCAGCGCCGCGGCCAGCGCGGGCCCAGCCAGCGCCGCAAGGGGGCCUGCGAGCAAGGGCCUUCCAUUGUGACUCCCCCUAAGGAAAUCUGGAAUGUCACUGGAGCAAAGAUUUACCUGAGUUGUGAAGUCAUGGGCAUUCCAACCCCAGUGCUCACUUGGAAUAAGAUAAUAAGGGGACAAUCUGGUGUCCAAAGGCUGGAGCUCCUGCCUGGAGACCGCGACAACUUAGCUAUCCAGACCCGUGGCGGCCCUGAGAAACAUGAAGUGACUGGCUGGGUAUUGAUCUCUCCUUUGAGUAAAGAGGAUGCUGGAGAGUACGAGUGUCAUGCAUCAAACUCCAAAGGAGAGGCUACAGCCUCUGCACGCAUUACUGUUCUCAGUGCCUUACAUGAAAUACCCAUAACUAAAGAUGAUGGUGCAGAGCUGUGA